UUGUACAACAUUAUUUUUAUUCAAUUUACAAUUAGGUUUUCCAUUUUUGCUGUUGCAUCGGCUGUUAGCUUAAUCGGGAAUCAUAAUUGAGUUUUUCGACUAUUCCUCAGCGCGUUCUAGGGCGGACAUCUCGGUUUUAUGCAUCUCCUCCUCCAUCCUCGUCUGAUACGGAGUGUGUAUUUUCGCCAAAAGUUUACGUUUUUGAAGUAUCCUAUAGUGUUGUAUGUUAAUCUAUGGUAUGGAUUAUAAUUAUUACUUAUGAUGGGUGUACUUGCGAGUUGCGUGUGUAGUUAUUGUCUUAUUGAUCGGGGGAUUAUGGUACAAUAAAUGCAUUGUGCUUGCCUUGAGAUACUUUAUUUCGUGUCUCAGGAGAUGAGACUGUUUGUUUUCAUGAGUUAGUUUAGCUGAUUUGUUGGCUUUUAUAUUCCGGAUUUGGUAAAGGAUUUAAUUAAAAGAUGGCAAUAAUUUCAAUGUAGAUCUGGAAGGCCAUUUAUGUUUUGCACUUGAUUGGCCAUUAUUAAUCUUGUUUUCUGGACUUUAAACACCAUUAGCAAGGCAUUCAUUUAUUUAACUUGUUCUAUGCUUCAGUAUGCAAUUAUAUGUUUAUACCAAUUUGUCAUUUCUAGAGUUGUUUGUCUAUUUAUCCCAACAGCUCCUGUUUCCUUUAUGGGUUUGUGAAUGUCUAUGCACUUUGGGAGAUUUUAAUUUAACAAACCUAAGCAAUAUUUCAGUAAAGCUGUGCCCUGUUUAUUUUCAUUUGUUGUUUUUCUGUGUUGCACACUUGCACUAAGAGUGUGUAUCACAAAAUAACCUAUGAGUGAAAGG